UGCAGCGCAGAAGUUAUCAGUCAUCGGUGGAAACUUGUCAAAGCCUUGCAUAAGUUUAGCUCCUGAUUUUUGGUCUUAGAAUUAGAGACAGGUGAUUUGAAGAAAGUUUAAAAUUACGCAAAAAAUGAUGAAGGUUGUAGUAGUUCUUACUGCCCUGUGCACAAUUACCGCAGGAUACUACAUUCCCAGACAAAAUGCUUUCCUGGGUUAUCAACAGCAAUUGGGAUACCAGCAAUGGGCCCAGCGUACCAUGCAUGGAGUGCUCUUGAAGAAUCAACCGUUCCGUAACCAACGUGUAUCUGACUUUGAUGCUGGCAUGCAUCCGAUUGAUUGCCAACACACAGACAACGCGAGUGCAGAACUGCCUAUCCAGGAUCCCAACGAAGAUUCGGUAGCUGAUGCGUAUCCUUCAGAACAGCUCCCUGUCGAGGAAGAACCUGUUCAGGAUGUGCCAGCUGUUUACGAGGACGAAGCUGAAGAUUCCAUCGAAGAUGAACCAGUAGAUGCUUCCGCUGUAUCUGCAGCAGUUCCAGCCACGGUCCCAGAAAAGAAGAAGAAGACGGUACCUGCUCACGCCGACUCGAGUGAAGAGGAUGAACAGAAUUCAUCUGCUGGGCAAGGAUCAAAUGGUUCCGCUUUCUUCCCAAUUAACUUCGGAAGUGCAAGUGGAGGAUCAAUUGCAAUUGCCAAUUCGUACAGUACCGGUAAAGGAGGAUCGGCCACCAGCACUGCAACUGCCUAUGGAAACCCGGCAACCGCUGGAUUAAGAAGGGUGCCUGUUCCCCAGCUGCGUAAAAGGCCCGCCAAAUUUCAAGGUCGACAAUAAUAUGGUUGUGAAAAAGUUUUGGAGACACUACUUCAUCUCCUAGUGAUAUAUUUAUCUGAUUAGUUAAUUUGCUUUUAGCAUCACACUUCAAUAAAGUGUGUCUAUUAUCCACAACGGUUUUCUUUUCUUUCAUGAAUUGAAUAAAAUGUACAUAUUUCAAUAAAUGCAACAAUGAUGGCUACUUACUUACACAGUUCAAAAUUGUUACAUCGAGUCCGCUGUAACAAAUUGACCUCCAUCGUUUUCAACACAAUUCUGCAUCGGAUUGUAAAAUUACAGGUUGUCUGUAGUUUGGAGCUUGAUUACAAUU